AUGACGAGCACGAUUUCCAAACGACACCCAAGAGAUCCGGCAGAGCAAAGAAAGGAGAGGCAGAGAUUCAGGAACUGCAGGAAAUAG